AUGGCUUCCUCCAAUGUCAAUCCAAGCCGCAGUAACCGCCGGUCCUCCCAGGAUCAACAGCCCAUGGGGACCUAUUAUUAUUCGGCGGUACCUGGACCGGGGCUGUCACCCCCUCUGGUUAGCUAUUCGGCUCAAGAUACCUGUGUGAUCCAUGGGCAGAGCCCCUACUACCAGAAUCUCUACCACCAGUCGCCCCCGGUCAUCUAUUCCCAGGCGCCACCAGGGCCGUCCCCGGCACCAACCAGUCCAUGGGACGAUCUCAGCACCACCGAUUUCUCCCCAGUUACUAGCCCGGGGUUGCCAUUCUCAAACCAGGCCUAUAAUACCACAAACUUUGCAGCAACGGUCCAUGACCCUGGAUCAGCGGACAACCCCGCGAUCUACCAGCAUCCGAUGCUAGUCCCAGCGCCGCGCGAGUCCUCUCGCACAAGCCCUGAAGUCCGUCGAUCGUCAACCCAUACGGUAUCCAACCCUCAUGAAGGCCCAAGCUUAGAGUCAACCCAGAACUGCCCGUUCUUUUGCAAGUGGGAAGGUUGCCGGUACGAUGGUGGCUUUAGCCGCAAGUCGAGCCUUUGGAGGCACAUCCAAGAUGUGCAUAUUCCCCAUGACCAGAAAUGCAAGAAUUGCGAUCGAGUCUUUGGGCGAAGCGAUAAGCGCACGACCCAUAUGAGCAAGGCUCACAAAGACUCUGGCAAAUAG